CCAACCACUUCACUUCACUUGACUGAGCAGAUGUGAGGUCGUUUGCUUUUGUUGGUUUGCUGCUCCAAAUUUAAAGCGAUUUAAUGCCACCAGCGAGGCCGAGCGAGCAGUGAAGCCGCAUCAAUGGCGAUGCCCCAAUCCAUCUGAUAUCAUCUUUCGUUCGUUUACCACCACGCCUCAGCUCAAUCUUCUCCACCACACCAUUUCUCCUCCGACCAAGCUCCUUCUGCUUGGUCCGAGAAUUUCUUAUCUUGUUUCUUCCUCUUAUCUUUUUUUGGUGAAGUCUGUUACCGGUGUCUGGUAGUAGCGCUCUCUCUCUGCUCUGCCCUGCCCUGACCUCUUCUGUUCCGCCAUUAUUUCGUCGUCUCCUAGCUCGAGCGAGCGGCACACGAGAUCGGACGGACGGACGGGUUCGAAUUCAAAUCACCAACCGGUGUUUCGCGUUGGUUUUCUUGAUUAGUGAAUUCCCUGCACUGCACAUAGCUCUUCUUUCAUGGUUUCUUGCUAGCGAAAUCUUCAAUUGGGCAACCGCUCGCUCGGUCUCCAGCCAUGGUAGCGGAGCCGCUCGUGCAGAAGGUGCUCUCCAGGGCGACCUCGUCCAAGAAGGCGAAGAAAGCCAGCGCCUUGUCGACGGCGGGGGAGGACGGCAGGGUGGGCAUCCUGUCGUUCGAGGUGGCCAACGCCAUGUCGCGCGCCGCCAGCCUCCACCGCUCCCUCUCCGACGCCGAGUCCGCGCGCCUGCUCGGCCCGCUCUGCCUCGGCUCCCCCGCCGUGCGCGCCCUCGUGGAGCCCGACGACGACGCGCGCCUCCUCGCCCUCGCGCUCGCCGAGAAGCUCGACGCGCUCAACCGCGUCGCCGCCGUCGCCGCCCGCCUCGGCCGCCGCUGCACGGCCCCGGCGCUCCAGGGUUUCGACCACGUCUACGCCGACCUCCUCGCCGGCCGCUCCGGUGCGGCCGCGCCCGCCUCCUCCGCGACGCCGUCGCUCUUCCGCCAGCUCGACCGCCUGGCCGCCGCCACGGCCGCGCUGUACGCGGAGCUGGACGCGCUCGCCGACCUCGAGCAGUCCGCGCAGAAGCUCCCCACCGACGAGGCCCGCCGCCGGUUCCUCGCGCAGCGCCGCCGCCACGACGUGCGACGGCUCCGCGACGCCUCGCUCUGGGGCUGGACCUACGACAAGGCCGUGCUCCUGCUCGCCCGCGCCGUCUGCGCCAUCUACCACCGCAUCCGCCUCGUCUUCGGCGACCCCAUGCUCGGCCUCGACCUCCUCCUCGCGCGCCGCCACGGGCAAUGCGACCAGAGCCGGCGGCUUUUCUCCGGCCCGGUCACCGCCCCAAUCCGGAGCAGCCGGAAUCUAAACGACGAUGAUGCCAAGUCAGGCCCGAUUGCCAAGGUCGAUCUUGUCGACGCGCCGCGUCCGGCGAGCUCGAAUUGCGGGGGGAACAUGUUCAUGGAGUGCCUGAGCCUGAGCAGCUUGGCGUCGUGGAAGAACGACGGCGGGUUCGAGGACGACUUCUCGGAGGACGCCAGCUGCAUCAGCACCAUCAGGUCAGGGAUGCUGGUGCCGUUCAGCGGCGAGUCCACACCACCGCCGGCGACGACCAAGAAGAGACGUCCACGGUUCGGCCCGAAGAGCACGGCGACGUCGCUGGCCCCGCCGUCGACGGUCGGCGGCUCGGCGCUCUCGCUGCACUACGCCAACGUCAUCAUCAUCAUCGAGAAGCUGCUGCAGUACCCGCACCUGGUGGGCGAGGAGGCCCGGGACGACCUGUACCAGAUGCUCCCGUGGAGCCUGAGGGCGUCGCUGAGGAAGAAGCUGCGGAGCUACGUCCGGAGCACGGCGAUCUACGACGCGUUCGCGGCGCACGACUGGCGGGAGACGCUGGAGAAGACGCUGGCGUGGGUGGCGCCCAUGGCGCACGACACCAUGCGGUGGCAGGCCGAGAGGAGCUUCGAGCAGCAGCAGGUCGUGCGGCCCGACGGGAAGAACGUGCUGCUGCUGCAGACGCUGCACUUCGCCGACCGGGACAAGACGGAGGCGCUCAUCUGCGAGCUGCUCGUCGGACUCAACUACAUUUGCCGCUACGAGCAGCAGCAGAACGCGAUGCUCGACUGCGCCAGCAGCCUCGACUUCGACGACGACUCUAUGGAGUGGCAGCUGCAGUAGUAGAAUUUACAACUUACAAGUAUAAUGUGAGGGCAAAACAGAGGGCGCUUGUGUUCUUUUUGGGCUUGGAUUUCUUUCUUUUUUGUGCAUGAGUUCAGAUGAGAUCGUUUAUCUGUUCAUAGAUGAUUGUGAAUAUAGGAAUGGUUGCCUAA